AGGAGGAGGAAGGGAAGGAAGAAGAGGAGGAGGAAGGAGGAGAGGAAGAAGAAAAAGGAGAGGAGAAGGAGAAGAUGGUCAGGGUUGGUUGGACACUUGUCUGUCAUGUGCAAAGCCCUGGGUUCCAUUUCCAGCAUUGGGAGGAAUGAUAGGGACAGUGGUCUUUACUGGAUGUACAGUCAAACCACCCUGGAAACUUCAGAUGGCCGAAUGCUAUAGUUGGUCUCCAUCUCAGAAAACUUGAGACCAGGAGUUUUUCUUCUUUCCCAGGCAAGUCGAGUUAGUUAGUUAUUAUUUAUUUUUAUGUAUGUGAGCACACUGUAGCUGUCUUCAGACACACCAGAAGAGGGCAUCAGAUCCCAUUACAGAUGGUCGUGAGCCACAUGUGGUUGCUGGGAAUUGAACUCAGGACCUCCGUGGGAGCAGUCAGUGCUCUUAACCACUGAGCCAUCUCUCCAGCCCCCCUCCCCCUACAGGCAAGUCUAAAAUGCUGCCCGAGACACUGGAACAGAGCUGCACUUCAAGUUUGGGAUGUGCGAGCUCUACCAGACGAUGUGCUAAAACCUAAGCCCUGGGUCAUACCUGGGGGAUCUUGGCUUUCUAGGUCUAGUUUCCUGAAAACAUUGCACAUGCUGGCCCAGGCACCGAGCUUUGAGAAGCACAAGGUCAAGGCAGGCUGGGCCUAUUUGACAGGUGAGGCAUCUGAGGGGCAGGUGGAGGUGUAACACCUGGGGAAGUAGGACACUGACUAGUCAGGGUCCCUUACUGUGUCCCAUGUGAGCUUCUGGUGGGGACACAUUCUCUACUAUCUACGAUAUGUGAGGUAAGUCCGCCUGGAGUCACACUGGCUUGCUGUGGACAUUCAGGAGCAGAGACUGAGGUCAUCACUGGACUGAGUUUCAAACUCUCCCCUUGGAGCAUAUACUUAGUGUCACUGUGAGGCCGUGAAGUCCCAGGAGCAGGAUCAACCUUUGAUUCCUUGUAGGGUAUGAAGCAGGGAGCAGAGCCAGAGGAUAUCUGGGGUAGACAGUAUCUCAGUAUCUCUGUAUUUUGAAGACCAGGAGCUUUGUAGCUUUGAAGAGGAUUGCAUUUCUGAUUCCCAAGCACGGGCAAUGCUGAAUCAUACCAUCUGCAUGUGCUUGGAUCCACAGACUCCUUCAGGGCUUCAUGUACAGCAUGGCUAUCAACCCUUCACGUCCUAUGUCUGCUGCGCCUCUGGCCACCCUGGCAUACAUUGCUGACAGUGCAUGCCCUCUUUACUCUAGCUGGAGACAUCAGAUGUGACGCCCAGAGGUGGCCGGUCAGCUUCCUCUGCUGUCUACACAUCCCUCCAUCUCUCUCUUGCAUCUAUGUGCAAGCCUUUGCCGUGGAUGUCUGAGGAAGGUUAAUGCACAGUGAUCGGAAGUGGAGUGAAAGAUCUCUGCAGAGUUUUCCUUCCCUCUGUUCCAGCCCCCACAUCUCUAGCCCUUUGGAGGAGUUGCCUCCUAAGUGGUCUCUAUGCCCGUCCUCAAGGCCAGGAAAGCAGCUAUAAAAAAGCUAAUAAUCUCACUCCCCUGCUUCAAACACUCCAGCUACACUCGGUCAGCCUCUGAAUAUCAAUUGAGCCACUCCUGGGCACAGCAGUAAGAUCAGCACUCAAGGGCUCUUCCCUCAGCCAGGACAGCACCCGUGGUGGCUGUGGCUGGCUCCCUCUUGACACUUGCUUCUUUGGUUGACAGUUCCAUGUUACCUCACAAUAAAGUGGGGCUUCCCCUCCUCCUCAGAUUCACCCUUCAUUACACAGUACCUUUCCUUUCUCCUGGGUGCUAGCCAAUCGCUGAGGUAGGCCUUUUAAUAAAGCAUCUGUCCAUUCUGCCAGACCUGAGCCUCCUCUCCUUCAUCAGGGUCCCUGGAUCCAGCCAUGGCUGUAAACGGAGUGAUCCUAACAGCUUUGGGCUCAUCAUGGAAGAGAUGAGCCAGACGUCCUCUUCUAAGUCCCUGUGUCCUCUCUGGAGCAGAGGCAGUAGAUUGUUUUGGAAAGAGCCCCAGCAGGGCAUCACACCUCUGUGCCAGGCCUGGACUCUUCUAUUCAUGGGGGACCUUGACCAAGUCUCUGUGACCUGAGUCUCAGAUAGGCUGGGAUGGCCAGUGGUGGCUCCCAUCUCCCUCUGACCGGGUGGCAAGUGCCUGCAUGGUGUAGUGUCCCAGAGCCCCUUCUCCAGAUGAUAAGAGGUAUAGGUGGUAUAAAAGGCACCAUCUCUGAUCACAGCACCUGGGUCAGAGUCUGGGUGACUUCAGGCUGUGACUGAACUUUUGAAUGUUUCCUCAUUUGUAAAUGGGGACAGUUCUACCCACUACCUGUCCUAGUCAUGACCUGCCAGGCACAGAGGCCCCUAGGGAAUUCCCGGACACAUGGUAGGUGUUCAGUAUUCUGUCAUGUCCUGAGGCUUUCUCUUAUUACUUAGAAGCUUUUUGAAAAAUUAAAGCACAACAAAGCACCUUAUACUCUGAUGGUAUACAGUUGUGACUUGGAACCCCCUUCACCGCCACCUCAGAUCUAGGAAAGGCACAUCAUCUAGUUUCCUGUCCUUCCCCACCCCCUCCAGCCCCAUACUGUCUGUCUCUGCUAGCCUUUCUUUGCUAGACCAAAUGUUGCCACAGCUGUGCACCCUCUCUUCUUGCCUGGCUUUGGACUUCAGCUCCUGAAUUUUUCGGGUUGGAAGUUUAUAUCAGGGUGCACCCUGGGCACAUUCCACAGGAGGAGGCCCGGCAGGAACUCCAGUCCUGUUCAGUGCUCCGCACAUUGGAGCCCUAGCAACGCCCGCCUGUGCUGAACAGGAACUCCUGGAGAGGGCACUGGAGUUCAACCUUGAUAGCAAAUUCAGACUUUGCUGGAUACUUGGUUCUUUGCUCUAUUAGGUUUUCUGGAGUGAAGAGACCCAGUAGACAGCGGGGCCUUUCAGUGUCUAUCUCUAAGACUCCCUGACUCCCGGACCCUGAGCCUGAGAGGAUGAGCCUUGGCCUGACCGAGGGGACAAAGCUCAAUUGCACUCUUGGCCUUAGUUGGGCAGCCUCCUGCUUUGUGUCCUGGAUGGCAGAGGGGCUGGCAGUGAUGGCGGCUUUUAUUGGCAUUGAAUUAAAGACGUGGUGAGCUCUGGGUCUAGUUUCCACAUGUUCUGUGCUGGCCUACCCCGUCUGGCUGGGACCCCACCUCUCUGUUCUUCUCUCCUUGCUACCUCUACACAGGUGUAAUAUUCUGUUCAGGGGUUCCCCGGGAGGUGGGAGAUAAAGCCAAAGUCUGAGGUACUGAGUUGGUUUUAGUUGACACCCCAAGGUUCCUGCACUGUCCUCAGCUGCCUGGAACAUCUCUCCGGUUUUCAUGACUCGCGGGCAUCCCCUUGACUCUCUCCAGCAGCGCCCAGAGGAGGCGCUCUCCCCACCUCUGCAGACCGGCUGCUCUGGAGUUGUUUGGCCUCUAAGCGGACUAGUUGGGUGUGGCCCGUUUCCCUUUGUUGCACCCCGUUGUGCCCCAAGUGCCUGGAACUCUGUCUGGUCAAGUGCAGCUGCUUCGUAAACGCCUCGAGAAAUCAGGGAGGAUGGAAAGAGGGUGAGAGAGGAGGAUCGAGGAUAAGGUUGGGAGUCACUGUGAAGGAAGGAAGGGGUCUUGGAGGUGUGACUGCGCUCAGGACAUCCUGGCCCGGCCUGGCCCGGCCCAGAGCUGCGGAGGUUCGCCCGCGGCCGGCAGGUGGCGGUGCUCCCUUGGCUGCGUGGCGGCGUUGAGUCCCCUCCUCCCGCGCUCCCUCCCUCCCGGCUCCUUUCUCUGCGCUCUUGCUCAAGCUUCCAGCGCCCUCCCGCUCUCGCGGCCGCGGUGUCGCCCGUACCGCCCCGCCGCUACCUACCGGCGACCAUGGCGCACCGGGGAACCCCGAGCGCCCCGAAGCGUCCUGGCCUUACUGCGCCGGAUCGGAGCUCCCAGGUUCUGCUGCCGCCGUGCUGGCCACGUUCGUGGCCGCUGCUGCUGCUGCUGCUGGUGCUGGUGGCUGCCUGCGGAGCGAUGGGGCGCUCCCCCCAGCCCGGGCGCUGGGGUCCCAGUGUGCAGGUCACCAGGCUGCUGCCCGCGGGACGCACGGAGUCCAGCAAUCGCCAGGAUCCGCAGACACGAGAAUCGGAGCCUGGCGUCCCGGGUCUCCGUCCGGGUUCUGCUUCGGGUCCCAGCACUGAUGGCGCCCCAGCUCUGGGCAAGGGGCGCAGGGUUCGGGCGGCGCCGGUGGCCGGUGCAGCUUCGGCUUCGCGCGCACAGGUCUCGCUCAUCAGCACGUCGUUCGUGCUCAAGGGAGACGCGACGCACAACCAGGCGAUGGUACACUGGACAGGAGAGAACAGCAGCGUCAUCCUGAUCCUGACGAAGUACUACCAUGCAGACAUGGGGAAGGUUCUGGAAAGUUCUCUCUGGAGGUCCUCAGAUUUUGGGACAACCUACACCAAGCUUACUCUCCAACCUGGUGUCACCACUGUCAUUGACAACUUCUAUAUCUGCCCUGCUAACAAAAGAAAGAUCAUCCUGGUGAGCUCAUCCCUCGGUGACAGGGAACAGAGCCUCUUCCUCAGCACUGACGAGGGCACCACAUUCCAGAAGUAUCCUGUCCCCUUCCUUGUGGAGACUCUCCUCUUUCACCCAAAGGAGGAGGACAAGGUUCUUGCCUACACCAAGGACAGCAAGCUGUAUGUGUCGUCCGACCUGGGGAAGAAGUGGACACUGCUGCAGGAACAGGUGACCAAGGACCACGUGUUCUGGGCUGUGUCUGGGGUGGAUGACGACCCCAACCUGGUCCACAUGGAAGCACGGGACCUCAGUGGAGGCUAUCGGUACUACACGUGUCUGAUCCACAACUGCUCAGCCCAGCCACACACAGCACCCUUCCCUGGCCCCACUGACCGAGGGUCCCUGACCGUGCAGGAUGAGUACAUCUUUUUGAAGGCGACAUCAACAAACCGAACCAAAUACUAUGUCUCUUAUCGCCGCAGCGACUUUGUCCUGAUGAAGCUGCCCAAGUAUGCCCUGCCCAAGGACCUACAGAUCAUCAGCACAGAUGAGCAGCAGGUGUUCGUGGCCGUCCAGGAGUGGAACCAGGUGGACACCUACAACCUGUACCAGUCGGACCUGCGUGGAGUGCGCUAUUCGCUGGUGCUGGAGAACGUGCGCAGCUCGAGGCAGGCUGAGGAGAAUGUGGUCAUCGACAUCCUUGAGGUCAGAGGGGUGAAGGGAGUCUUCUUGGCAAACCAGAAAGUGGAUGGCAAGGUGACAACAGUCAUAACCUACAACAAGGGCCGUGACUGGGAUUACCUGAGGCCACCCAGCACUGACAUGAAUGGGAAACCUACCAACUGCCAGCCACCGGACUGCCACCUGCACCUGCACCUGCGCUGGGCAGACAACCCCUAUGUGUCAGGCACGGUACACACCAAGGACACUGCCCCUGGCCUCAUCAUGGGUGCAGGUAACCUGGGCUCACAGUUGGUGGAGUAUAAAGAGGAAAUGUACAUCACAUCUGACUGCGGGCACACCUGGAGACAGGUCUUUGAGGAAGAGCACCAUGUCCUGUACCUGGACCACGGUGGUGUCAUUGCUGCCAUCAAGGACACCUCCAUCCCCCUGAAGACCCUCAAGUUCAGCGUGGACGAGGGCCACACUUGGAGUACACACAACUUCACCAGCACCUCAGUGUUCGUGGAUGGGCUGCUGAGCGAACCAGGGGAUGAAACGCUGGUCAUGACGGUCUUUGGUCACAUCAGCUUCCGCUCUGACUGGGAGCUGGUCAAGGUGGACUUCCGGCCCUCCUUCCCCAGGCCAUGUGUUGAGGAUGACUAUAGCUCCUGGGACCUCACUGACCUCCAGGGUGACCACUGUAUCAUGGGCCAGCAGAGAAGUUACCGGAAGAGAAAGUCCACGUCCUGGUGUGUCAAGGGGAGGAGCUUCACGUCAGCACUCACAUCCCGUGUGUGCAAGUGCCGGGACUCUGACUUCCUCUGUGACUACGGGUUUGAGCGCUCAUCUUCCUCAGAGUCUACUGUCAACAAGUGCUCUGCCAACUUCUGGUUCAACCCCCUGUCUCCUCCUGAAGACUGUGUCCUAGGACAGACCUAUACCAGUAGCCUUGGGUACCGGAAGGUGGUGUCCAAUGUGUGCGAAGGUGGUGUGGACCUGCAGCAGAGCCCAGUGCAGCUGCAGUGCCCCCUACAAGCACCGCGGGGCCUGCAGGUGAGCAUCCGAGGAGAGGCAGUGGCUGUGCGACCUAGAGAAGAUGUGCUGUUUGUGGUGCGACAGGAACAGGGUGAUGUCCUGACCACUAAGUAUCAGGUGGAUCUUGGGGACGGCUUCAAGGCCAUGUACGUGAACCUCACUCUGACAGGCGAGCCCAUUCGGCACCACUACGAGAGUCCUGGCAUCUACCGUGUGUCUGUCAGGGCUGAGAACAUGGCAGGCCACGAUGAGGCUGUGCUCUUUGUCCAGGUCAACUCUCCCCUGCAGGCCCUCUACCUCGAAGUAGUCCCUGUCAUUGGCAUCAACCAAGAGGUGAACCUCACAGCUGUGCUGUUACCGCUGAACCCCAAUCUCACUGUCUUCUACUGGUGGAUCGGCCACAGCUUGCAGCCUCUGCUUUCCUUGGACAACUCCGUGACAACAAGGUUUACAGAUGCUGGGGAUGUGCGUGUGACAGUGCAAGCUGCCUGUGGGAACUCGGUGCUCCAGGACUCCAGGCUCGUCCGUGUGCUCGAUCAGUUCCAGGUGGUGCCUCUGCAGUUCUCCAGGGACCUGGACACCUUUAACCCCAACACGCCUGAAUGGAGGGAGGACGUGGGAUUGGUGGUCACCCGACUUCUCUCCAAGGAGACCAGCAUCCCAGAGGAGCUACUAGUGACUGUGGUCAAGCCAGGGCUGCCCACCAUAGCGGAUCUGUAUGUGCUUCUGCCUCCUCCCAGGCCCACAAGGAAGAGGAGCCUCACAAGUGACAAGAGGCUGGCAGCUGUGCAGCAGGCACUGAACUCCCACAGGAUCAGCUUCAUCCUUCGAGGAGGGCUUCGUGUCCUGGUGGAGCUGAGGGACACAGAUGCAGGUCCUCAGAGGCCGGGUGGCAGUGGUGGCUACUGGGCUGUGGUGGUCCUCUUUGUCAUCGGGCUCUUUGCAGUAGGAGCAUUCAUCCUCUACAAGUUCAAAAGCAGGAAGCGCCCAGGCAGGACGGUGUACGCCCAGAUGCACAAUGAGAAGGAACAGGAGAUGACAAGUCCCGUGAGCCACAGUGAGGACGCCCAGAGCGCCAUGCAAGGCAACCACUCAGGUGUGGUCCUGAGCAUCAACUCUCGAGAGAUGCAUAGCUACCUGGUGGGCUGAUGGCAUCAGCUGGCCAGGACACGCUCCUCCUGCUUCCUUCAUAGAGGGCGCAGGACCGCAAGUACAGCUGGAACGACACACCCUCUGAGACCUGUGGAAAGGCCAACUCCUCUAGCUGUCCCCACUCAGAGGACAGACACCUCUCCCUGUCAGCCCCAGCUGGCCCAUGGGAUCCUGGGACAGCCGACUCAUGACCCACCUGGACAUGGGCCUGUGGUGCCACACAAAGUCCCCACCCUUGACUCUGAGGCAUCACAGUCCUUAGACCUGAGCAUGCUGCCCUGGCUGCUCCAACUUGCCACUGCAGCCCAGGACUGGCUUCUCCUGCCUGGGGCUGGACCAGCCUAUUUCUGGGGUGAGCCUGCAGCCACCCCACCCCACACACUCCAGACUUGUAGACCUGCUCAGCCCUGGCCCCACAGUCCCUGUCCCUGCAGGGGACCCCAGAGCCAGGAAGUCUAUGGGCCAGACCUGUCUAACACCACCUUCCAGGCAGCCACUCUUCACUGCAGUGUAAAUACCUGCCCGGGUAGAGCUAUUUGAGUUUGGGGGGCUCUUUCUUUUAGCUUUCUGUUUUCAAGGCCAGGCAAUAGAAUCCAUCUACGUUCUAUCAGAAUCCCAUUCUCAGAACCCCUCUUUCAGAAUGCCCAGAGCUGGGCCUAGAGGGGCAAAUAAUCUCUCUGAUUUUCCCUCAGGGCUAUGGGGUUGGAGGCAAGAAAGGGAGGAACCCUUACAUGCAAUUCCAGCUAUGUCCAGCAGGAUGCACCCUUCCACAGCUUCUAGGCUGAUGACUGCUUUCUGGUCAGGGCUGGGCUCUAGAAAUGUCUACAGGCCCCAGAAAGGCACAUUAGCUGAAUACAUCAGGCUCUGAUGCCCUAUGGUUUGAGGGACCCUUGUGGAACCAACCAGGAGAGGUGUGGGAGGGCAGCGUCUCCUGGUGAAAUGAACUAGAGGAUCCAGGGACUUGUGGCCCUUUCAAGGUCGUAGAAAGAAAAGCAGCAGAGGUAGCCCUAGAGUCACCUGCUGUCUGCUCCCACUGCCAAGUCAGGGACCCAGCACAGGUUGACACUGUGAGCUGGCACAAUUCACCUUUUGCCUUGAACUGAAGUCAGUAUUCCCUUCCCUUCCCCUCCUCUUCCCUCCUCCCACCUCAGACUCUUGCUGCCCCACCAGAAAGCCCAGGCUGGCCUGGUGCCAGGCCUAGGUGUCUCCCCACCCGCUGCUGCUGCUGCUGCACACCCACCAGCACCCACCAGUUCUCCCUGGGGAAGAGCUGUGGUCUAUAUAGGAGGAGAGGUCUAGGACAGACCCUCACACAGGACAGCUCAGCACUCCAGACACUCAUGUCACAGACCAGGGCAGCUAUGUGGGCACAAAGCCGGUCUGUGGGAGGAUCUCAACUGUACCCCAAUAUCUCUCACUUUCUGCCACUCUCUGGGGCUCAGGGGUCCCUCCAGAGGUAACUGCAGGCUGUCCUCCCUGUGAGGGGCUACCAAUGGGACCCUAGUGCCAGGGAAGGCUGUGACACUCUAAGGCAUUUGCCCCACAUGGCUUCUUGCUAUCUCAAAAGAAACCUAAGCAGAGACCUUUCCCCCAUCCAUGUCCCCACAACACUGUAUCAUCCAGUCCCACACAGAAGGAGAUGCUCACACACCAUAGUCUCCACUAGGUCCACGGUCAGCACAGAACCCCUGGAUGUAGCCCAUCACUUUAGCCCACCAGUGCCUGGGGUACCAACUGUAGGUCUUUGCCUUCCUGGAGCACUGUGUUACCCUCAAGGACACUUGGGUAGGCUUUCCCUUGAUGUUCAGGUUUUGUGUUACUAUUUCUAUUAAGAACAUUUGGAGUGCAUAGACCCAGGAGCCUCCCUGUUCUCAUCUCUGUAACUGCAGACAGCUAUGCAGGCACAGAGUUUCCCUGCUUCUCAGCCGAGGUGCCAUGCAUUGUAUAGUCAGGGGCAAAAGCCCCACGGACAGCCCAGAUGCCACCAGCUCAGGGGCUCACAAGCACUCUCCACUGGGACCUGUGCAUACCUGGCAUGUGGGCAUAGCUGAGGUGAUAAAUUCUUUGUUUUUUCCUUUCUAAAAAAAAAAAAACCAAUAAAUCAUUUGUGAUGGUUUUAACAAA